AUGACCUUCUCUCGCGCGCUCAAGGCCCUUACGGCCAUGUCUUCCCUGAAUUCUCUCAAGCUGCACCAUCUCGCCCACACCAACGUUGACCAGAACCUGGUUCUGGCUGACUGCGGUAUCGGUGCCAACCCCGAGAACCUAACCUGGUCCACCUCUCGCCAAAUGAAUUGGUACAAAGGCACCAUCUGGUCGACCCCGGCCGAGACUGACCCCGCCCCUCCUGAUAUGGUUAUCGAGAUGCCCUACAAUGACGGCAAAUACCCCUGGAACUAUGAGGGUGCCUCUGCCACCUUUCCCAACGGUGAUACCUGGUCUGCGUGGAUCGAAGACGGCACCCCAGAACUGUUGCGUGCCGGCAAGGCCAUGAGUACCAAGGACGGCGGUACCACUCUCUGGUGCUACACCUACCGCGGACGACCUAUCAGUAUGAGUGCUUCCGGCAACUCUACCUGCGUUUCAGCUUUCGUCUGCAACCACCUCGAGAAUGGUCCGACUCCUUGGGCCAGGAUUCCCGGCGUCUUUGUACCCACAGACAACGGUACCGCCUCCACAAAUGGUCCCAACAACUCUUCUGCGGACGGCAGAACUCUCAGUGUCAAAGUCGAGGUCAGCCCCCGCCCUGCCAUCUGGUACGGCACCAUUGGUCAUUUCCUGAGCAGUAUCCUAUUCACAACGGACGGCUUUUGUAAUCCUUACCCCUUUUCGAAUCUUCUCAACUCGACCGUCACGGCACACUGUCAAGGCACCAACGCUACUCCCCUCAACUUCCUGCCUGUCUUCUUCAAUGUCCUCAAGAAUCUUGGCACCCUCCCUGGCUCUGAUGGCUACUUCGUCUACAACCACGGGCCAGCCCCCUUUGCCAAUGAUACCUCUGACGACACCCUCACCCUACCUACAACCUUCAACCUCACUGCGCACGAUAUGGCCACUGGAGAACUCAAGGGCUUCAUUGGUUACGAGAUGAAGUGGUCGGCACCUGGCAUGGGUAUCCACUGCAGUGAGUGUAACACCACCAAGUUUGACGACAAUUACAACACGGCCAUAGCCUCGGCAUUUGAUGUUCUGUACCCCACAUACAACCAAAUCGUCAUUGAGAGUAAUUGUACCUUUGCCACCCUCUGUUGGUAA